GUCCGGCACAGAUCGACAUGGUCAAUUUUCGUAUAAAUGUCCAGCUCUUUUCAAGCCUCCGCCGACAGUACAUAUUCAGCUUCCCCACCUAGCAACGUCUGAUAUGGCCGCCAGCACCACCACUGUCGUGACGGCGUAUUUUGAUCUGGGAUCAUUUCGCAAAGGUUCUGCCAAUAACAUCUUUUCGAAGAAAACCUAUGACAACUGGAGUGAAGUUUUUAAAUACAUUUUAAACCCAUUGAUUGUUUACACGGACUAGCACGAAUUUGCAGACAAAAUGAGUCAUAUUCGGACAACGAGAAACGAAACAACCAAAAUAAUCGUGAUUCAACGAAAUUCAUCUUGGGCAUUCAAUUUACGGGACAGAAUUUUCGCCAUUUAUUCUCAAAAAGGUUACCCUAAACACUACCCUAACACCGUGUUACCCGAAUAUGCCUGCUCACAAAUAGCCAAAUAUGAGGUCCUUGGAAGGGCCGCGCGUGACAAUACGUUAAACACGCACUACUUCAUGUGGCUUGAUAUCGGCUAUUUCCGGGACAGGAAGUCCACUACACUAUUCCGAUUGAAUAGACCGCCAAAUUUCAAUGAAACUAUGGUAGCCAUGAAUUUGAUAUUGUUUAACGCAAAUCUUUCAUUGUCACCGGAAGUUAUUUUUAAAAACAAUUUACUGUGGAUCGGAGGCGGUCUCGUCUUUGCAAACCGCUUGACUAUUCUUGCGUAUGAAAAUCAAUUCCGCCAGGCAGUGGAGUAUUUUAUGUCUCUGUCUCUCAUGAACACGGAUCAGCAAAUUAUCUACGCCAUGUUCAGCGUUGAAGGAAGGAUCGCGCUUAAGCCGGCUACUGAGAUCCAGGCGUAUAAGCCACCAACCGAGUACAACUGGUUUUAUCUUGGCUAUCUUAUGCUUCAUGAAGAGUCGCCCUAAAAAACAUAUGCGUGCUGGAAGUGCGUGUAGUUCAGAGAGCAUGACUGCAGUAAAUGAUUGCCGUUAUAUGAAGCUCGCAGUCUAAGCAUAAUAGAACAUAAUUUUAUUAAACAAAUAUUUUAGAGUUUCUAGACGAGGUAAUAAAACAAUCAACUGUUCCAGUAUAAAUUAAAGUAUUCGUGUGUGUGAUCUAAGAUUGGCUCAUUUACACGCCUCAACGACAUUUGACGCGUUUGAUUGAUCGAAUUAUUUGUUCCAAUAUGCAAUUUGAAAUAUGCAGUUUUCUGGUAAUAAAAUGUAAUGACGAAAAAACAUCGGCACUCGGUUCACAGAUAAUGACUUAGAACAUUAACAAAACAAGUAAAUCAAUUUUUAACAAUAUACAUUUUUAAAUCAAUUAUACAUGUAUUUAUAAGUUGC